AACAGAAGGAAGCAUCAUAAUCUUACGAGAGAGGAGGAGAGGAUGGACCUGCAGAGGUGAAAGUAGAUGAUUUUUGUUAGGCUUCUUCUCCUACAGCUACACCUAACCACUCUCACUCUGUUCUAACUUCGAACCUUUCAAGGUAAAAGGGAACUCUUUCUCUCACGAACACUCGCACACAAACACCGCAUUGAGCGCGUUGUCAGAGAUGACAGCAUAGAAAUUACACCCGGCAUCCUACAUGCAUACACAAAGCUGUAGCUGUGGUAAAAAAUAUAACGAACACCGGGAGCUUGGUUCGCUUCGUUGCAUGGGGGACUCACUGCCUAUCCAAAAGGCAGAGCCUGUCCCCUGACCAACAGACUAAUUCAUUUGAAUUAGUUCAUGGAUUUAAUCAUCGCCGAUGUCACGAGAUACGUAACGGAUACGGGGAUUAAUAUUACAGGCACCGAGAGUUUACACCGCGCCGGGUGUACUGACAUUCUCUGCAACGACUCGGUAUAUGAAACCGGUGCCUCGGUAACGAGACCGACGGAGAACAUCAGUUAUUUCAGUAAGACUCUCGUGCUAUUUCGAUAUACCAUGGUUCCGGGAUUUGAAUAGGUAGGCUAUCGUAACGAAACCCACUGGGAGUCAUUAGAACAAAAAGCACUCCUUUAAUUUUCUACGCCUGCUUCGCGGCAGCAGGUUGGGGUAAUAGCCACCACCACCAGGAUUGCACAAGUCUCCAAUUCACAUGGGCGAAGGCAGGGCUCGGUUCUGCUUUGGUUGGACCCAGGCUCGCUGUCAAGAACAAGACAAAGGUGUGUCGGACCCUGAUAGGGAACCGGAAACGCGAGAGAGAUGGGCCGAACUGUUCGACCAACUGGACCUCAAUAAAGACGGUAAAGUCGACAUCAACGAGCUGAGGAUUGGACUCGCUGCCCGCGGUUUACUUCGCAGUGACGCGGAGGAGAUAGUACGUGAGAGUGACACCAACCAUGAUGGCUUGCUGGACUUUGAGGAGUUCUCUCAGUACCUGUGGGCCCACGAGAAGGAACUGCGGCUCAUGUUCCACACACUGGACCGCAACCAUGAUGGGCGCAUUGAUGUCGGGGAGAUUCAACAAUCGCUGCACAACCUGGGACUGGAGGUGUCCACAGAACACGCCAUCAAAAUACUACAGAGUAUGGACAGGGACGGCACCAUGACUAUCAACUGGAAUGAGUGGCGAGAUCAUUUCCUGUUUAACCCUCUUCACAACAUAGAGGGCAUCGCCCACUACUGGAAACACUCUCUGAUGUUUGACAUCGGAGAGCACAUGACAGUGCCUCCAGAGUUUUCCCAACAAGAGCGCCAGUCGGGGGUAGUGUGGAGGCAGCUGGUUGCCGGGGCGAUGGCAGGGGCGGUGUCACGUACAGGAACCGCCCCCCUCGACCGUCUCAAGGUCUUCCUACAGGUGCAUGGCUCCAGCUCUAGGGGGAUCAACCUGUGGACGGGGCUGAGGGGGAUGGUCCAGGAGGGGGGUGUACGAGCCCUCUGGAGGGGCAACGGCAUCAACGUCCUCAAAAUAGCCCCAGAGUCUGCCAUCAAGUUCAUGGCCUACGAACAGAUCAAGUGGCUGAUCCGGGGCAGAAAUGAAGCAGGUACUCUGCGGGUGCAGGAGAGGUUCAUCGCUGGCUCUCUGGCUGGAGCCACUGCACAAACCAUCAUCUACCCUAUGGAGGUGCUGAAGACUCGUCUGACCCUGAGGAAGACUGGCCAGUACUCUGGCAUUGUAGACUGUGCCCGUCAGAUCCUGAGGAAGGAGGGGGUGCGAGCCUUCUACAGGGGCUACGUGCCCAACACACUUGGCAUCAUACCGUAUGCUGGCAUAGACCUGGCCGUCUAUGAGACUCUGAAGAAUGCCUGGCUCCAGCGGUACAGUAAGGGCUCUGCUGACCCGGGGGUGUUGGUACUGCUGGGCUGUGGUACUGUGUCUAGUACCUGUGGACAACUGGCCUCCUAUCCCCUGGCUCUCAUUAGAACACGCAUGCAGGCCCAGGCCUCCACUGAGGGCGGGCCCAAGCUGUCCAUGGUCGGUCAGUUCAAGCACAUCAUAUCACAUGACGGGGUACCUGGGCUCUACCGCGGCAUCGCCCCCAACUUCCUGAAGGUCAUCCCUGCUGUCAGCAUCUCGUACGUGGUAUACGAACACAUGAAGAAGGCUCUGGGUGUGAAAUCGUAGAGAGAGGAAGCGAGAGGCAGAAGAAAGAGAGGGAUGUAGAGUGCAGCUCUUGGAUUUCAAGAUGGAGAGGAAGACAGCAGAGGAUUGAGGGAUAGAAGACAGAUAGUCCACCCUUUUCAUACACAUUCAGGAAGCUUCCCGUUUACACCUAGCUAGACAGAUAUACUCACUGUUUGAAUCACUCUGCCUCUCAGCCCCUCAAUGAUGCUGUACCGUCAUUAAGAAAGAGGGAAGAGUCUGCUAUCAGGCUGAGCUGAAGUCUGUAAGAAACGGCUGUGUCCGAGACAGAUUAGGAGGAGGAGGUGUGAGAGCGAGAGAGAAUCUGGGCCAUUCUUCAAAGUACUAACCCCACUCUUUAUUUCAAUAUCUCAAAAGAGAUUAGAAUUGGAUUACAUGCACUGUUUGUCUUCAGUUGUUAUUCUCAAAAACGUACAUUCUAAUGGGGGAGUUUCUAAAGUUCUUAAACGAGGAAACUUUGACUUUUACAUGAUGUACUGUAUAUUGAUACAGUAUGUAUUUUGUAAGGGAAAGAUUCUGAACACAGAGAUACUUAUACAGGGUCUUAUACAGAGCUGUUCCUCCAACCUAGUCCAUGAAUGGCUUUGCACUUUUUAGAAAGGGAAUGUUUCUCCCCUAUUUCAAGUGGCUCUCAGUCAGGUCCAAAAUUAUUGGCACCCUUGAUAAAGAUGAGUAAAACAUACUAAAUAAUGCACAUUUUGACCUAUAUUGUCUGCUCCAAAAAAUGUGAACAUUCUAUAAUUUUAUACUAAGACAAUUACUCAGUGAAAGAGAUUUUGUCUAAAGAUAGAAUCCUUAAAUAACAAAGCGGUCAACCAAACACUUUUUUGGUAAAAAGCUGGGGGAAGGGCCUGGAGAAAUGUAACCACUCUCAAAUUCAUAGACAGAGCUACGGAUGUCAGGACUGACCAUCAAUGAGAUGAAAGUGAUAGUUUUAACCAUGUUUUGAGGCUCUACAUUUACAUUGUUUACAAACAUUGGAGUAAAACAAGCUUAUAUUUUGGGUUCUGAUGGGGAACGACAGUUGAACUAAGCUCAUGAGGCAUUCAUAAAUUAUAUUCUUCAAUAAUCAAUGGGUAUAUCUCAUUAAUUUAUAAGUCCAAAAAUGAAUGUAUCAACUAAGGAUUCUUGCUUUAACAAGUUUAAAAAAAACAUUUUAAAAAGGGGUCAAAUUUACUGCCACCCGUUUUCAUUACCUUUCAGGCACUGAGCCUUUUUCUCAAAAUGUUUUAUGAGAUUGGAGAACACAUUGGGAGGGAUCUUAGACCAUUCCUCCAUACCACUGGUUUUCAAUGGGGUUCAUGUCUGGAGACUGAGAGGGUCAUUGCAAAAUGUUGAUUUUGUGGUCAAUUAACCAUUUCUUUGUGGCUUUUGAUGUGUGCUUGGGGUUAUCGUCUUGCUGGAAUAUCCACUUGUAGCUAGGUUUCAGCCUCCUAGCAGAGGCAACCACGUUUUUUGGCUAAAAUGUCCUGGUACUGGGUAGAAUUCAUGAUGUCGUUGACCUUAACAAGGGCCCCAGGACCAUUGGUAGCAACAUUGCCCCAUAACAUGAAAUAUCCACCACCAUAUUUUACAGUAGGUAUGGGGUUAUUUUCUGCAUAUGCAUUCUUUCUUUCCACGCAAAAUCCAGCACUGGUGUGCAUGGCUAAAGAGUUAUAUUCUCAUGUCGUCCAGCAAAUGUAAACGCCUGUGUCACAGUCGUCAUAACGAGGAGAACAAGGUGCAGCAUGAUAAGAAUACAUUCUUCUUUAAUAAACGAAGAGCACUAAACAAACUAACAAACCGAUCGUGACGCUGACAUGCAACUACACAUAGACAAUAAUCCACAAAACCAAAAAUGGAAAAUGGCAACCUAAAUAGGAUCCCCAAUCAGAGACAACAAUAAACAGCUGCCUCUGAUUGGGAACCAAUUCAGGCCACCAUAGACCUACAUUUACCUAGACAAACCAAAACCCUAUAGAUAUACAAAAAAACCUAGACAAGACAAAAACACACAUACCACCUUCGUCACACCCUAACCAAAAUAAUAAAGAAAACAAAGAUAACUAAGGUCAGGGCGUGAUAGCCUGGAGUUUGUUAAAUGGCAUUGGCACUUGGAUUUGAACCAGUGCUAUGGUCAGAUGACGUGAACAUAGAGAUCUUUGGCCACGCACACCAGUGGGGGGUUUUGCAUUGAAAGAAAUAUGCAUAUGCAGACAAUAACCCCAUACCUACUUUAACAUGUGGUAGUGGGUCUUUCAUGUUAUGGGGCUAUUUUGCUUCUGCUGGUCCUGGGGGAUUCACACUUCCUGGCCUCAAAAAUCAGGAUUAUUGCCAGUUAUCUUGUCCUGGUAGUUAAUAGAUCAAUAGAUCAGUCCCUGAUUAGCAGUGGUAGAAAAAGUACCCAAUUUUCAUACUUGAGUAAAAGUAUAGUGAAAAUCACCCAGUAAAAUACUACUUGAGUAAAAGUCCAAAUGUAUUUGGUUUUAAAUAUACUUAAGUAUCAUAUUUAAAGUAUAAAUAAUUUAAAUUCCUUAUAUAAAGCAAAUCAGAUGCUGUCAUUUUUCUUCUUUUUUUAUGGAUAGCCAGGGGCAUGCUCCAACACUCAGACAUCAUUUCUGAACAAAGCAUGUGUUAGUGAGUCCACCAGAUCA